AUGGACAAGUAAAAACGUUUCACCAAAUCAUAGGUUGUUUUGUUGUCUUGUGCUACAAUACAAGAGCUUCUAGAGACACCACGUUAUACUUUUCAACACUAUCACACACAAAACCAAAACAAAUCUCUUAUAUAUACUCCCAACCAACCAUCCAAUGCGGAAAUCCGCUGCAGACAGAUUCAGGCACCUUUUCAACCGUUCACUUGUUUUUGUUCGGAAUCAACAAAAUCAACAGCAUCAUCGUCUUUCUCCUAUUCCAUUGUCUUCUUCUCCUUUUUCAUCAAUGGCUUCUGAUUCACCUUUCCCUGUCACCGCUCAAAAUAUUAACCCCCAGGUUCUAAAAUGUCAGUAUGCUGUUCGAGGAGAGAUUGUUACACUUGCCCAGAAUUUGCAAAAAGAUUUGCAGGCCAAUCCAGGCGCUCAUUCCUUUGAUGAGAUAAUUUACUGCAACAUUGGAAAUCCUCAGUCUCUUGGCCAGCAGCCAAUUACUUUUUUCCGAGAGGUUCUUGCUUUAUGUGACUAUCCAGCUCUUUUGGACAAAAGCGAGACACAGGGUUUGUUCAGUGCUGAUUCAAUAGAGCGAGCUUGGCAGAUUGUGGAUCAAAUUCCUGGGAGAGCAACUGGUGCCUAUAGUCAUAGUCAGGGUAUUCAAGGGUUACGUGAUACAAUAGCCGCUGGAAUCGGAGAGCGUGAUGGUUUUCCUUGUAAUGCCGAUGACAUUUUCUUGACAGAUGGUGCAAGCCCAGCAGUCCAUAUGAUGAUGCAAUUACUUACUAGAUCAGAAAAGGAUGGUAUUUUGUGUCCCAUCCCUCAGUAUCCUCUCUACUCAGCCUCAAUUACCCUCCAUGGUGGCCACCUGGUACCUUAUUAUCUAGAUGAAGCAACUGGUUGGGGACUGGAAAUAUCCGAACUCAAGAAGCAGUUGGAAGAUGCUAAGUCCAAGGGCAUCAAUGUUAGGGCUUUAGUUGUUAUAAAUCCCGGAAAUCCAACAGGGCAGGUUCUUGCUGAGGAAAAUCAACGGGCUAUAGUAGAAUUUUGCAAGAAAGAAGGUUUGGUUCUUUUGGCUGAUGAGGUAUAUCAAGAAAACGUUUAUGUUCCAGAGAAGAAAUUUCACUCUUUCAAGAAGGUAUCUCGAUCCAUGGGAUAUGGCGACAAUGAUCUCUGCUUAGUAUCUUUUCAGUCCGUCUCCAAAGGCUAUCAUGGGGAGUGUGGAAAACGAGGAGGUUAUAUGGAGGUGACUGGGUUUUCUCCAGAUGUGAGAGAACAGAUUUAUAAAGUGGCAUCUGUGAAUCUUUGUUCCAACAUCACUGGUCAAAUUCUUGCAAGUUUGAUCAUGAGUCCACCUAAGGUUGGAGAUGAGUCCUACGAGUCAUUUAUGGCUGAGAAGAAUGCUAUUUUAUCUUCCCUCACUAAGCGUGCAAAGUCACUGGAGGAAGCUUUAAACAAAUUAGAGGGUGUAACCUGCAACAAAGCAGAAGGUGCAAUGUAUCUGUUUCCUCGGAUCCGCCUGCCCGAAAAAGCUAUCAAAGCUGCAGAGGCUGAAAAGACAGCACCAGAUGCUUUCUAUUGCAAACGCUUACUUAAUGCCACAGGAAUUGUUGUUGUUCCUGGUUCUGGUUUUGGACAGGUUCCUGGCACAUGGCAUUUUAGGUGCACCAUAUUGCCUCAGGAAGAUAGGAUUCCGGCCAUCGUCACCCGCUUGACAGAGUUCCAUGAAAAGUUCAUGAAUGAGUUUCGUGAUUGAGUAGUCCUUAUUUGAGUUUUUUUCCCCUAUAAAUUUAGGGAUGCCUAUUUGAUAUUUAACUUUGAUGAAUUUUGUACUUUAUGAAACUAGGCUCUCUUAAUUUAGUUUCUUGAUGAAUAAAUUUUGCUAUAGUUCAACUUUCAACUUAUAGUUGCACGUUGAAAAUCCAAGACUUGAAAUAAAAUAUACUAUUAACAGUGACAUGGGAAAUUAAUCAAAAUUGAAGUUGCCAUGUGACCUGUUCUUUGGCCCUGCAUUAUUUAUUUAGCAUGCAAAUAUAUGAUAAUGAUGUGAGAAUGCAUUUAUUGAA